GCGCUCAGCUCUACCCGGCCUUAGCAGAGGCGGGCCGGUUCUCCACUAAAAAGUGUUAGCGCCAACCGCGUCCAGCUCAGGCGUCGCGAGGCUGAGCUUUUUGUGACCGACCUUCGUCGCAUCAGCACUCAAUAACCUCACCUCUGCAUCAACCAACCUUUUAUAACCUGGCUCUCUCAAACAUCAAUCUCCACGCGAACGACAUAAGAGCGGCGACAUGACGUAGCGAGUUAUCGACCCAUACCUUCGGCGCGCCGCAUACGAGUACCAGUCCCAGUUCCUCGACCCCAGCGACACAAUGAAAUGCACGUUCUUUCAGCAAGGGAGGUGCAGAUUUGGCAACCAGUGCAAGAACGAGCAUGAUCAAGACUCGAGCCGCCAGACGCAGAACCGAGGAAAUCCAUUCAGCCCCCUCGGAAACGAUGCCAACCAAGACAAGUACGCCAAGUACAGAAUCAAUCACGAAAACGUACGCGUAGACCUCCAACAAGAAUCGCCGUCAUGGAUUCUCUCCGCGUACGGUCCCGGCCGCGAUGCGCCAGAACAAUUAUUCGGAGGAUACCCGCGCGAGCAGAGCUUCGAGGAGCUGAGGCUUCAUUACUACGUCUCGGAGGCCAAUGGGCAGGGCCAGGCUGCGAUCCAACAAGCUCAGGAGCUUUAUAAGAAUGCUGAGGAACAGAUGAAGACGGCAGCAACCAAUAUCACCGAAGCCUGCAACUUUAUUGUCGCGGCAGAGGACAAACACCCCAAUCGACACGACAUCUGCCAGCAAUUCUCCACGGGCGCCCCAUUCGGCGUCUUUGAGGUCGGCAAACAAAGGGCCGCCAAUGCAGGGGGCCAAGCUCCCGUCAACCCCUUUGCGACUGGAAAUGCGCCGCCUUCUAGUUUCGGCGCAGCAGGCGCACAAGCAGGGGCCUCUCCCUUUGCAACCACAGGCAAUGCACCCGCCGGAUCGUCAGGCAGUGGCUUUGGGCAGACAUCGUCACUAGGUCAGCAGGCGAAUCCGUUUGGGUCUGCUUCUGGAGGGAGCACCUUUGGACAGCCAAGUCAAUCCACAUCGACAUUCGGACAGCCGUCCCAGCUGGGUGCUAAGGUCAACCCUUUUGCUGGCGCAGCUCCAGCCAGUAGGUUUGGGCAGGCAUCUGCGCCUCCAGCGACGGGCGCCUCAGGAUUCGGACAGCCGAGUCAACUUGGCGCACAGCCUAGUCCUUUCGCUGCUGCGUCGGGAAGUACCUUCGGCCAGCCAUCACAGCAGGCGAACCAAGCGUCGCCUUUUGGUCAAGCGUCCGCGCCACCAGCAGCACAAGCGUCACCCUUUGGACAGGCGUCCACGACACCGGCCUCGUCGCCGUUUGGGCAAACAAAUCAAGCAAAUGCCGGCGGCUCCGGGUUUGGCCAAGUUGGUCAACUCGGCGCCAAGGUGAACCCCUUUGCGCCCACGUCAACGGCGCCCGCCACAAAUACAGCGCCUAGCCCAUUUGCGACAACGACGAGUCAGCAGCCUCAGGACCAGAACAGGGUGAAUCCCUUUGGUCAAGCAUCAAGCCAGCAGACCGCUGCGAAUCCGUUCGCCGCUACUUCGAGCAAUCAGGCCAGCAAUACCCCCUUUGGCCAGCCUUCACAACUGGGUGCCAAGCCCAGCCCCUUUGCCGCUACAACCACCCAGACCAAUACCAACAAUAAUGCCAUCAACCCGUUCAGCUCACAAGCUUCAACCGGAGCCUCAGCUGCCGCUCAACCCGCCACGACCACUGCUCCAGCAAACCCCUAUCCACCCGGUAGUGCCAGGCAACAUCCACCGCUGGAGAGCUACACCACCAAGACAGCCACCGGCCGUCUCAACACAUUCCGCAACAACCAGGUCACGUACAAUGAGCAGAACCAGCCAGGCUAUGUGACGCCCAGUGGUGCGUGGACGAAGAUCUGGUUUCCCGACGGUCCGCCUGGCUUCAACAAGGAUACGAUGCUUGACAUGGAGGCGUACGACGAGGACAGCAAGAAGCAGUGGAAGGCAUUUGCGGAAACGGGCGAGUUCGAGGGAGGCGUUAUGCCCGAGCUGCCGCCACCGCGUGAUUGCGUACUGUGGAAUUUCUAGAUUAGGAUGCGACUGGCGUUACGUGCGGAACCAUUCAUGAACAUUGCAGGAAAGGCAUGUAUAUCACAAUUGAACAAGAACACACAAAUCGCACCAAAUGCGUCUUUGAAUUUUUUAUUUUCU